AUGGCAGCUUUAGCGGAAAAGACAAAAGACACCAAUACAUUUCGAUUCAAAUCCUUCGGGGAUCGGGUGAACGAGAUUGACCUGCGGCACCUGGCCCUUUACCACAUCGGCCACCGGAACGAGGAGCUCGACGAGGAGGAGAACGCCACCUACUUCCAGCAGACGAUCCAGAAGUGGAAUGUCCUCAAUCUCACCGAGGAGUACAACUACUUCAGCAAGAAAUGCCGCAAGAUAGUCACCCUGCCGCAGCUCCUCCACCAGAAGGACUUUGUGGUGGACCUGCUGCUGGAGCGCCUGGCCACGGCCACGAAUCUGUCCCAGCAGCCGCUGCUGGAGCUGCUCUACGUCCUGGCCAGGGAUCUGCGCGAGGAGUUCUACCCGUACUUCCAGCGGGUCCUGGACCGCCUGAUCUGCCUGCUCAACACCCAGGAUGCGGAGCAACUGGAGUGGACCCUAAUCUGUCUGGCGCACCUGUUCAAGACACUGAAGCCCUACUUAAAGCGCAACAUCGGUGUGGUUUUCAAUGCCAUUCUACCGCUCCUCGAUGAACAGCACUAUGCCGAGCAUGUCACGAACUUUGCGGUCGAGUGCUUUGCGUACAUAGCCCGCGAUGUCAGCGACUUCCCCCGUUUCCUGGCCUACGUGCUGCAAACUGUCCUGCGGGAGCAGGUGGAGAGCGUCCAUGGCUGCGGGCGGCUUAUCUACGAAAUACUGCGCGGCGUCAACGGACAGCUGCACAACUCGGCGGCCGAGAUCUUCGCCCAUGUCCUCGAGGUGCUGGUCAACAGGGCUUCGGCUCACACAAAAGCCCAGACGGAGCUCCUGGGCGACAUUGUGGAGUAUUCGCUGGGACUGUUGCUCAACUUCCUGCGCUCCGAUCAAAGCCACAUCCUCUGGCAGACACUCUGUUCGGCGGCCAGCAACGAAAGUGCCGAUGUACAAAGGCUGAUUAAUCUAAUGCUGCCCCUGGUCACCCACAAAGACGGACGCUAUGUGGCCGAGCUUCCACUGGUCGUUACCACUCUGCUUAGUUUGCUGGAGAGAAAAGUGGAUCCCCUGCAGCCGCUAACAGCCCUGGUCACCAGUCUGCUGAAGGCCCAGCACACUCAACUCACCCAACUGGAUGCCAGUCGUCUGUUGCAAAAGCUUUUGAGCACAAGUCGAGCACAGGAGUCCGUGUACGAGGACGCCAUCCUGCAGCUUUUGGACUAUCCGCAGUUCGAGAUUCUGGUUCUGCCCAAUGUCAUCGGGUACUACGAAGAGCGCAGGCAAACGGGAGCGCUGGAGCUCCUGGCACGCAUUGUGCAGCACAAGCGGCCACUGCAAGUGGAUGGCAACUCGCUCGCCCAAUGGGUAGCCUACCCCAUUCAGCUGAAGCAAAAGGAGACUAUCAAAAUUGUUGAGGAAAGGCUUCUAAUGUUGAAUUUGAGCAAAGAGGAUCAUCUACUGCUUAUCGUCCUGGCUCCCCACUUGCGGGGAUUCAGCAAGCAGCCUUUGGAGCAACGUUUGCAGUCAGUCAUUGAAAAGUUCCUAAAGAAUAAGGAAACUGAUUUCACCCAGCUUUUAUUGCUGCUUCAAACUCAUGCCUUGCUCAAGUUUAGUUUACCCAAGGGUCUGCGAUCCAAUAUUUCUGGUUAUCUUAUUCCUGAACUGGCGAAGGACCUAAGAGCUCUGGCUUGCUUGCAGCUGGUUCUCCUUGAAACCCCUAAAAACGAGAUUUCCGCUACGGAGGAACUACUGACUGGCAUCUCGAGCCUCUUAGGCCAACCAGUUUCCACAUACAGACGCAUAGCUGCCCACUGCUUGGAUGUGAUAAACGCGAAGAGCAAACCCAAUCCGUACUCCCACUUUUAUGCCGCCACCUGCAUCGAACCCACCGUCCACAACUACCGCGAACUGCUGCUCCAGCUGCAGCAAUUGGAACCGGCGUCUGCCCAGUUCAAGCAGUUCUCCCAGCUGCCACAUUUCAAGGAGCACGCUGUAAGCCUCCUGCUCGGCCUGCUCUACAACAACUUUAAGUUUGUUUGGGCGCCGGUUCAGCAGCUCCUGGCUGCCUACGCCAAAACGAUGACGGCAGAUGAGUUCUGGAACCUCUUUAAGGCCAAAUUGGUGGAGACUGUCGCCUGCAUUGAUUACAAAAAGGAGGUAACCAUACUGCAGGAGCCCUUUCAAAGGGACUACCAAUCGCCGGCGCUGACCAUACUGCUUCCUUUGGUCGGGGAGCCACAAUUGACUCUUCAGCAAGCGCUCAACUAUCGUCAGCUCCUUUGGCAAAGCCUGCCCAAGUUGGGAACCCUUGCCGAGGUGAAGAAUGCAGAUGUAGUGCGAUUGUUUUUGCAAUUCCUAGAGCAGGAAUAUCGCGCCCAGCUGGAGAAAUCGGAGCACACUUGGAAUGUGAACGAGGCGACAGCUGCUGAUAUUGAUGCCGAGGAAGAGGAUGAGAAUGAAGCGAAGCCCGAGCAAAGAGGUCGGCAGAAGAGAAGAACCCAAAAUGCCCACACAAAGUUUAUUUUACAAACGCUUCAGUUGAAACUGGCCUGCUUUGUGUCGCAGCCAAAUCCCAAGGCUCUGCAUCGGCAGGCCGAGAUGCACGACUUCUAUUUGGAGCUCCUGGCCGGACCCAAUGCUCAGUUGCAACAAUUGGCGCUGGACUGUCUGGCGGCCUACAAACAGCCUGCGGCUCUGGUGCAGCAAAAGGCUCAGCUAGCCGGUCUCAUCGAUGAGGAAAAGUUCAAGACGACCCUCAGUGGCUUUGAACUCUCCAGCCUUUCGGCUCAGCAAAGAACGGAGCUGAUGCCCUUCAUGCUUCGUGUACUCUACGGCAAAAUGCUGACCAAGGGUGUUCAAAAGCAGUUGACUGCCCAGCUGCGAAAGACGCUGAUCCUGCGAUUCCUGGGCCAACUGGAGGAGUCGGAGAUUAUGGACUUUCUGAAAAUGGCCUUCGGUCGGUUUACUGCCUACACCGAUAAACCAAUAGACGAAGUGGCAAAGUUUGUACGAGAAUCGUAUGACCCGUCGGCGGUGAUUGCAGCCAAGCAGUUGCAGAGGAUCGUCAACCUACUCGAGCUCACUCGCAAGGAGUUUGCCGGUAGGCUGACACCAGACUUCCAGUGCUACGUUCUUAAAUUACUCCUUCUCGUGGGCAGCGUCGCCCAGGAAGUCAUCAAUGGCGAGGGAAAACUAUUAGCUGCCUACAAGAACGUCAAGCACUCCGGUCUGCAGACGCUGGUCAACUACUUUGGUCAACUGGUGGACAUGGAGGAGCUGUGGCAGGAGAAGGAAAUGAAUGCCAUAUGUGAGGUGUACCUUUGGCCAGGCAUUGCUCGCCUCUCGCAGGAUUCGAUACACACGCCAACUCCCAUGCUAAAGUUACUUCUCCUUUGGGGCGGAGAGCCACGCUACCAAAAAUGGUUAAACAGGAGUCCUGCCGCCGAUAAACCUCCAAUAAUGCACCACUUGAUAGCUUUGCUACUCAACGAGAAGGCCAAGACGAAUGUGAAGCGUUCGCUUCUGCAGAUGGUGGAACAGCUCCUGGAAUCGGCUGCCUCCGAGGAGUACGGCGCCGAGGUCCUGUCAAUUGUACAUCCCCACAUUCCAGCUAUCCUUCAGCAGCUGCAGAACAGUUGGCGCCACAAGAAGGCCGGCAGACAGGCGCUCGAUAAGCGGGAACUCAACAUCCUGACCCUCAUAACGUCGCAUGUGGAGGAGCCGGAUACUUGUGAGCUGCUACUGCAGGUUCUACUGCCCAUAUUCACCAAACAGGCGGCUUCAGCUGGACCAGAGACAGUCGUUCAGUUGGUCACCACGUUGGGGAAUCUCUUGAAGCGUGUUUCUAAGCCGCAGGAUUAUGUUCGUCCGCUGGCUCCGCUCUUCGAACAGGUGAGUGUGCUGCCUGCAAGGAAGCUGCUCUGCGAACUCUUGGCUGACAUGGCUAAACGGCUGCACAGGGAGGCGAAACAGAACGUCGAACUAUCCAAUAUAGCCGCCUCCUUGCGCGAGUGGGUGAGGAUUGUGCUGCUCCUGAAUGCUUGGGACAAGCGGUGGCUCGAGCAGCCGGACUACGACAAGCGUUUGGAGGGACUUUCGGAGCUCAAGCAGCUGGUGGAGAAGAAGGACAAGAAGAUGGACCUGCAACUGGGAGUUCUUGUCGUGUACAACUGCUUUUAUAUGCUGCGCCACGAUUCGGAUUUGGGCAUGAGAGUCAAUAUAGGGGAACUGUUGAAGCCUCUGCUUCCCUUGGUAACUCUGCAACUAGAAGUAAAGGAGGAUGUGCACUUCUGGCUGGAGGACACGCUGCUGCCGCUGUUCCAACGCUGCAUGCGAGAUGAGAAGCACGAGCAUGCCAGGGGCGAGGCCAUCGGCUUGCUGGGCGAGCUGGCUCGCCAAUGUCCGGCUGCCCACGAGAUCCUGAAGGAUCUUUCGCCGCUGACGGAUAAGCACGACUUGGAGGUGGACUUCUUCGAGAACAUGCUGCAUCUGCAAACCCAGCGGCACGGUCGCGCCCUCCAGCGCCUGGUGAACAUCUCCGCAGGCAGUUGGCGACAGGCUCCACCUUGCGCACGAACCCUCACCCAGUUCCUCCUGCCGCUCGCCACCCGCUACCUGAUGAGCGAAAAGCACUCGGGCAAACACACACUAGUCGAUGCCGCCAUCGAGUCCGUUGGAGUGAUGACUGAGUUCCUGCCCUGGACACAAUACCAAGCAGUGCUCCGCUACUACCUCCAAAAACUACGACACGCCCAGGGGCAGCAGAAGCAGUGUGUCCGACUGGUGGUUCGCAUCCUCGACGCCUUUCACUUUGACUUGACGCAGGCACAGACGGAUCUGGCUGCCUUGGCCAAGCUGAAGGAGAAGCUCUCAGAGGGGGAGGAGCCUGCUGAGGAGUCGCAGGAAAAUAAGGCGGAGGAGGAUGUGGAUGUGGAUGGCGAAGACAAGCCUUUGAAAAAGGAGGCGGAUCAGUCUGACUUUAUCAACUUUGAUGAGGAAGAGGCGACCGAACCAGUGGUCGAGCAACAGCGCAUCCAACUGCUAGCUCCCAACGCUGCCAAAAAGGUCAUGGCCACUAUUACUACAGUUUUGCUGCCAACCCUCAACCGUUCCAUCACCGAGAAAACCAACUACGACACCAAACACAAGGUCAACCGCCGCCGGUUGAGCUACGAACGCGAGGAAGAGGAGAUCCAGCGAGUGCCCAUUGCCCUGGCCAUGGUGAAGCUUCUGCAGAAGCUUCCUUUGGAACUAUUGGACAACAGUCUGCCUGGAAUCUUCAUGAAAGUCUGCACCUUCCUGCGAUCCCCUCUAAAGUCCGUUCGAAUGCUCACCCGCGACAUCCUGAAGAAGAUUAUGAUCACCCUGGGUGGCAGCUAUUUGGGAAUGCUCUUGGAGCAGCUGCAAUCGCUGCUCACGCGGGGAUUCCAGGUGCACGUUCUCUCGGUGACUCUCCAUGGCGUUUUGGAUGCGCUGAAGAGCGACCUGAAACCAGACCAUAUUGAAAAGUGCCUCCAGAAUCUGCUAGAAGUGGCGCUCAAUGAUAUAUUCGGCGAUGUGAGCGCAGAAAAAGAGGUGGAUAAGAUCGUGGCUCACACGCCGGAAGCCAAGCCUAGUGCAAAGAGCUACCUCACGCUCCACAUAGCCGCUCGCCAUAUUCGGGACAACUGCUUGCUCGACUUGCUGCUGCCGUUCAAGGAGCACUUGGCCCGAUCGCACUCCCGCAAGGUCACGCAGAAGAUUCAGGAGUGCUUUGCCAAGAUCGUGGGUGGCUUGGUGGAGAACACGCACAUCGCAAGGGAGAGUCUGCUGAUUUUCAUAUACGGCACGAUGUCCGAGAGCAUCAGUGACCUUUUGCCAGGAACACAGAAACGUCAGCUCACCGCCAAGGAGCAGGCUCUGAUGAAGAGGACUUGUCCGGAUUGCCUGAUCCUGCAACCGGCGCCGGGAAGACGCAGUGUGGCCACCGGAAACAAGCAAGUCAAGUCGAAUGCCCAAGCCAAUGCUCAUAUUCUCGUCGAAUUUGGAUUGGAGCUCCUUCACUUCGUGCUGAAACGAAAAAAGCUAACGGAUCUGGACUACCAGCCUUUUCUGCAUCCCUUGCUGCCACUUCUGAAGGAUUCCUUGAGCAGCAAUCACGCCAGGACCACAACAUAUGCCUUAAAGUGCUACACGGCCAUUUGGUUGGGCGAGUACGAGCUCUCCGAACUCAACAGCGAGGCCCUUCAGCCGGUGGUUGGACGCAUGUUUCAGAUCCUCAAGAACUUCUCAACUUUCGGCGCCACGCGGCAGGAGGAGAACGCUCAGCUGGUCAGGGCGAGCUUCAAAGCGGUGGUGGCCCUGCUGCGAAAAUGCCAGGACUACAAGCUCAGCAACGAGCAGAUCGAGCAACCGCUGCACAUCGAACAGGAGCUGCAGGAGGGCGAAUGCAGCAGCCAGACCAUGGUGUUUACCUUGCUCAAGGCUCUUGUCGGCCGGAAGGUGGACACUCGCUCCCUGCACGAUCUGAUGAAGCGGCUGGGCGACCUUUCCAUCAUCUCUCCCUCGGAUUAUGUGCGAGAUGAGUGCCGUGGCAUCCUGCUCAUCUAUAUAAUGGAGUAUACGCUGCGCCAGAAGGUUGAGCAGAUGGUCAAGUUCAUGUCGGUUCAAUUGUGCUAUAGCCAGACAGCGGGUCGCCAAUCGGCCAUCCAGUUCAUGCACUCCAUCAUCAACAAGUUCCCGCAGCUCAUGCUGGUGAAGCAGUCUGAGUUUCUGUAUCUUUCCCUGGGCACUCGACUGGUCAACGAUGAAGAUCCCUCGUGUCGCCGCAGUGUCGCCGCUGCGCUGGAAGCUCUCAUCGGACGUCUCACCAAACUGGAGCGGCAACCUCUGCUGGAUUUGACGCUGCUGUUCUUCACAUCACCACAGUCCAGUCAGAAGCCAGGAGUGCGGGAAAUGGCCGCUGCUCUCCUGUCGAGAUUUGUGCAGGCAGAGAAGGCCGGCUUCGCGGAAAGGUUACCUUUGGUCCUGCCCAUUCUCGUAAAUGUUCUAACUUUGGGUGACGCCGAGACGGGAGGAAGAUUUGUGCGGGCUCCAGGACAUCUGGCAGCAGAAGUCGAGGAAACUGGUCUGCAUAAAAAGAAGCGAAAGAAAUUCGAUACCCUGCCCGAUGAAGAACUACUGCUGGCCGACCUCGACAACGAAUCGCAGUUGGAGCUGCAGCAGCGCAAAGCUGACCAUCAGCUCAUCCAACUACAAUACUGUCUGCUCAAGAUAUUCGAGCAUUGCGGGGACUCUUUACUCAGCAAUCCGGAGCUUUCCGAUACCAUUGAUGAGCUGGCCUACGGCUCUCAGCGACUUUUGGGUCACGAUCACAACUGGGUGCGCUGCAAUGCAGCCAAACUGCUGACCCACAUCCUGGCCCACUACGAUUACACCUUUGUUGGGCAACAACUGGCUGGAGUUAAGCGAGAAGAGGGCGCUGAGCAGACACUAUACUUUAUUUACGGACAGCCUGCAGAGGAUAUUAAAUCUUUGGUUUUAGAUCUGUGCGCCCAGGUUGUGCCGGGCGAUACUGCGCAGGAGAUGAUCGAUGAGCUGUCGAAGAUUCUUCUUUACGUAGGACACAUGCUGCGGGAUGUGCCAUUUAGCCUGAAGCAGGAAAAAGAUGCUGAUGAUAAUGAGGAGCAGAAGCCGGCCAACAAAAUAAAUCUAAGCUGGCUGCUGCGGAAUAUACGCUUCCUGAUUAACAAGGAGGUGGCCAAGGCGCCUCACGCUACCAGCAUUCGCUCUGCCAUGUUCACGCUAAUUGAGGCUCUGUCCACGCUGCUCAGUGUGGAGUCCGUCAGCCGAUUGGCGCCAUCUCUUCUCCAGGCUUUGGUUCGCGAAAUGUCCGAGGAGGAUCAGAACGUAGAUGCGGAACUGCGCCAGCAGGCCCUCCGUGUCGGCAGUCGGUUGAGGAAGCGCAUAGGAGCCGAUGUCUAUGACAAACUCAGAAAUGCCGUUCAGACCAAGCUGAUGGUGCGCCGCGCCGAGCGACGGAAGGUUGUCGCCCAGGAGAAGAUUCAUGAUCCGGUACGCGCGGCCAAGCGAAAGGCUGGCGUCCAGGAGCGCAAGAAGACGGCGAAGCGCCUAAAGGCGGCUGUCGUCCGUGGCAAAGCGCCAGACAUAAAGCAAAAACUGAAAAAACGUAAACGAAAAGCAGAAAUGGAUGGAUUUUAAUUAGUUAGGCAGUUGUUUUUAAAUCUAAGUUGUUUUAAGUAGA